GGAAAUACCGUCAAAAUGCCUGGUCGUCGUGCCGCUUCUCCGGCCAUGUCGGACAACGAGUUCGACAUUACCAGCUCGCUUUUCCAGAACAAUGACAACGAUUCCGACAGUGACACCCCCGCCGUCACCAAAAAGCCCCAGCCGAAACCCCAGGCCGCGCAGCUCGAUUUCCUCGGCAGCGACAACGACGACGACGAUGAUGAUGCGUUUAUCGCUCAGACACAGGCUUCGGCGAACCGGAAGUCAUCGAACCUGAAGGGUCGGACCGUGAAGAAGGGCGGUGGUUUCCAGGCGAUGGGAUUGAACGCGAACCUGCUCAAGGCGAUUACGCGGAAGGGUUUCUCGGUGCCGACGCCGAUCCAGAGAAAGACCAUUCCGGUGAUCAUGGAGGACCAGGAUCUCGUGGGUAUGGCGCGCACGGGUUCGGGAAAGACCGCUGCUUUCGUCAUCCCCAUGAUCCAGAAGUUGAAGGCGCAUAGCACCACGGUCGGAGCCCGCGGGCUGAUCCUGUCGCCGUCCCGUGAAUUGGCGCUGCAGACAUUGAAGGUUGUCAAGGAGCUGGGCAAGGGGACUGACUUGAAGUCCGUGCUUCUGGUCGGUGGUGACAGUCUGGAGGAACAGUUCGCGAUGAUGACCGGGAACCCCGAUAUCGUGAUUGCGACGCCCGGUCGUUUUCUGCACUUGAAGGUCGAGAUGAACCUGGAUCUGUCUAGUAUCCGCUACGUCGUGUUUGAUGAAGCCGAUCGCCUUUUCGAGAUGGGUUUCGCUGCCCAAUUGACUGAAAUCCUCCACGGCCUGCCCCAGAACCGUCAGACCCUGCUCUUCUCGGCCACCCUGCCCAAGUCCCUGGUGGAAUUCGCGCGUGCCGGUCUGCAGGAGCCGACCCUGAUUCGUCUGGAUACUGAGAGCAAGAUUUCGCCAGAUCUGCAGAAUGCUUUCUUUUCGGUCAAGUCUGCCGACAAGGAAGGGGCUCUUCUCCACAUUCUUCACAAUGUGAUCAAGAUGCCCACGGGCCAGACGGAGGCUGCACAGAGAGCGGAGGCGGAGAAGGCAAAGAGCUCGAGCUUUUCCAAGAAGCGCAAGCGGGAUUUCGGCAAAGUGAACUUCAAGGAGUCCCCCACGAAACAUUCGACCAUCAUCUUCGCAGCGACCAAGCACCACGUGGACUACUUGUACUCCCUGCUGUGCGCGGCUGGAUUCGCUACCUCCUACGCUUACGGUUCCCUCGACCAGACGGCCCGUAAGUUCCAAGUUCAGAACUUCAGAAUCGGUGUCUCGAACAUCCUGGUUGUCACGGACGUGGCGGCCAGAGGUAUUGAUAUCCCCAUUCUCGCCAACGUCAUCAACUACGAUUUCCCCUCGCAGGCUAAGAUCUUCGUCCACCGUGUCGGUCGUACGGCACGUGCCGGACGCACGGGUUGGAGUUACAGUCUGGUUCGCGAUGCGGACGCCCCCUAUCUUCUGGACCUACAGCUCUUCCUCGGCAGACGUCUGGUCCUGGGCCGUGAGCAUGGCGACCAAGUUAACUUUGCCGAAGAUGUGGUCGUCGGAAGUCUGCCCCGAGAGGGUCUGUCUUCCAACUGCGAGUGGGUGAACAAGGUUCUGGACGACGAGACGGACAUCGCGAUGCAGCGUUCGGUCGCCUCCAAGGGAGAGAAGCUCUACAUGCGGACGCGUAACGCUGCCUCUCUCGAGAGUGCUAAGCGAUCGAAGGAAGUUGUCUCUUCUGAUAACUGGUCAUCCAUCCACCCUCUUUUCAACGACGAGACGACUUCCCUGGAAGCCGAGCGGGAGAGCAUGCUUGCCCGUAUCGGAGGCUACCGGCCACAGGAGACGAUCUUCGAGGUGAACAACCGCCGCAGCGGCAAGCAGGAGAACGAGGAGGCCCUCAACACGAUCAAGCGCGUCCGGACCACGCUCGACUCCAAGAAGAAGCGCGCCCAGGCCGAAGCAGCCCAAUCGGCGCUCCUCGACGAGGCCGCCAAAGAAGCCCCCGACGCCGACGCUAACAACGCCGAGGACGGGGCCUUCUCCGACGAGGAGGGCGACGGCCCGGCAGACAACAUGUCUCUCGCCGACGAGUCCGACCUCGAAGUCACCUUCGGCUCCUACAACACAAAUAACACCACCAAAGGCAAGAAAGACUCCACCGCCGCCUCCUUCCAGAACCCCGAAUACUUCAUGUCCUACACCCCGAACAACACCAAUCUCGCCGAAGACCGCGCCUACGGCGUGCACACCGGCACGAACGCCAACUUCGCCCAGGCCUCGCGCGACGCCGCCAUGGACCUCCUCGGCGACGAAGGCAGCCGCGGUUUCGGCGAGCCCCGCACAAUGAUGCGUUGGGACAAGCGCCAUAAGAAGUACGUGUCUCGCCAGAACGACGAGGACGGCUCCAAGGGCACGCGCCUCGUCAAGGGAGAGAGUGGUGCCAAGAUCGCCGCCAGCUUCCGCAGCGGCCGCUUCGACGCCUGGAAGAAGGGCAAGCGUCUCACCCGCAUGCCUCGUGUCGGCGAAGCCGAGACCCCCGGUCUGGGCGCCGAUAUGCACUUCUCACGCUUCGGUGGCAACAAGCGCUUCCGCCAUAACAAGGACGAGGCGCCCAAGCGCGCCGAUCCCCUGCGUGGCGAUUACGAUAAGAUGAAGAAGAAGAAUGAUGCCGCCAAGGAGCGCCAGAUGUCGAAGUUUGGCGGCGCCGCGUACGGUGGUAAGAGUGAGCUUAAGGGUACAGAUGAUAUUCGCUUGGCGAGGAAGGAGAAGCAGAAGCGAAUGGAGAAGAAUGCCAGGCCGCAGAGGAAGAAGCGUUGAGUGGGUUAGUGGCUUUGUUGGUGACGGGGUGGAGAGUCUGUGUGUCGUGGGUUGUGUGUUGGAUUGCAUGGAUUGUAUAUACCAUUGGGUUGGGUUAAAAAGCUG